AUGUCGACACAACAACCCAAACUUGAUCCGCUCUCCCAAAAGCAACUCGAAAUGAUCAAUCGGCAAGAAAAAUACAAGGCCGAGAUGAUGGCCAAAAAACAACAACAAGAGGAGAAUGAUGGAACAACAACAACAAAAAAGAGAAAAUCAAAAAAGAAGGAUGAAAAAACUGAUGGUAAAAAGAAGAAGAAAUCAAAGACUAAUAAUACUCAAGAUGUGCAGGACGGAACCAAUGCCAUGUUUUACUCGAUGGGAGCAUAUGUUGAUGAUACAGAAUCGGCUCCAUCCUCUCCGUCUUCAUCGGCUCCAAAUGGAGAUGGCUCUACGGUCGAUGGUGAAGUAAGCACAGAGAAAGAGGAGAGAAGAAGAGGCAAAAAGGAACAUCUGCUCGGAUUAAUAACUUUUAAAAUUAUUGAAUUUUUGCAAGAGGACACAUCCAAAAAGUAUUCAUUUAACCAAAUACUCGAGUCAAUUGAUUAUAACAGCUGUACUGAAGAGGUAGAUGAGGAAGAUGAAAAGAAAACAAAAACCGUUGUGCGAUAUGAAGACUCACUUGCUGCUCAUUUGGACGACAAAACUAAAAGAGCAAUUUUCACAAAGUUAAAAGACAACCAAAAAGUCGAUUACACUCCAGGUCCACUCAAAACUAAGGGAAUUGAUGACGCUGCAGUUUUUAGUUUUAAGGCCAUUCACCAAUCUGUAAAAAACAAGGAAGAUAUUUUAAAUUUAUUGAAACAUCCAGAGUUUGUGAUUAGCGGAAUUCCGGUUUCAGAAUUGGCUGAAAGCUACAAAACUGUUGGAGAAGAUGUAGAACAAUUGAAGAAGGCAAAAUUGGUCAUUGCCAUACCCAACCAAGACAAAAAGUGUGAAAUUUUGUAUUAUAACGAUCCUACUGUUGCCAUGCCAUCCAUUGAUCCCAAAUUGAAACAAUUAUGGGCAGAUACACGAAGUAGGAAAAUUUCGAAUAAUGACUUGAAAUCUUUGCUCGAAAAAGCAGGACUUCCACCGAUCCAGACCGUGGAAUGGCCUGAAGACGAAUACAGAAGAAAGAAGGAAGCAGAGCGAGAAGAAAUGGCAAAGAAUACCAAGAUUAAACGUUCUCGAAAGAUGAAUAUCAAUAAGAUGACAAACAAGCACUUGAAGGAUGCUUUUGUUGCAGAUCAGCAACAGACAACGAACAAGUAA